CCAACUUCAACGACAGCGGGGCCUGUGUGACCCAGUGCCCCCAGCCCUUCCUCUACAACCCCAUCACCUUCCAGCUGGAGCACAACCCUGGGGCCAAGUACACGUACGGGGCCUUCUGUGUAAAGAAGUGUCCCCACAACUUUGUUGUGGACCAGAGCUCCUGUGUGCGAGCAUGCCCUAGUAACAAGAUGGAAGUGGAGCAGAACCGCAUGAAGAUGUGCAUUCCCUGCACUGACAUCUGCCCCAAAGCCUGUGAUGGCAUAGGAACAGCGAGCUUGCAGACAGCCCAGACAGUGGACUCCAGCAACAUUGAUAAAUUUGUCAACUGCACCAAAAUCAAUGGCAACCUGGUCUUCCUCAUCACUGGAAUCAAAGGAGACGUCUACCACAAAAUCGAAGCCUUGGACCCGGAGAAGCUCAACGUGUUCCGCACCGUGCGAGAGAUCACAGGGUUUCUGAACAUCCAGUCUUGGCCUGACAACAUGACAGACUUAAGUGUCUUCUCCAACCUUGUGACCAUCGGUGGGCGAGCUCUUUAUAGUGGCAUCUCCCUCCUGGUGUUGAAGCAACCGGGCAUCUCGUCCCUGCAGCUCCAGUCCCUGGACGAGAUCAGCGCCGGGAACGUCCACAUCGCCGAGAACAGCCGGCUCUGCUACUACGACACAGUCAACUGGACCAGCCUGUUCCGCGCCCCCAACCAGAAGGUCCUCAUCCGCAACAACCGCAGCCCGCACGAGUGCACUAAGCAUCGCAUGGUGUGCGACCCCCUGUGCUCGGACGCUGGUUGCUGGGGUUCUGGACCGGACCAGUGCCUGACCUGCAGGUUCUUCAGCCGGGGACGGACCUGUGUGGAGACAUGCAACCUGUAUGAAGGGGAUAUGAGAGAGUAUGCCAAUGCCUCUGUGUGUGUGGAGUGUGACGGCCAGUGUGAGCAGGCAGACGAUGACUCUUUGACCUGUCAUGGCCCGGGUGCGGACCACUGUGUGAGAUGCCUCCACUUCAAGGACGGUCCCAACUGUGUGGAGAAGUGUCCUGACGGCCUGCAGGGUACCAACAGCUUCAUCUUCAAGUACGCAGAGGCCAACAACGAGUGUCACCCCUGCAACGCCAACUGCACCCAGGGGUGCAUUGGUCCAAGGUUGCAAGAUUGCAUUGGCUGGAUGGACAGGACACCACUGAUCGCAGCCGGGGUGAUCGGGGGUCUGUUCGUGGUGGUCAUCGUGGGGCUGACCGUGGCCGUGUCCGUGCGUCGGAAGAGCAUCAAGAAGAAACGGGCGCUCCGUCGCUUCCUGGAAACCGAACUGGUGGAGCCGUUGACGCCCAGCGGGACCGCACCCAACCAGGCUCAGCUGCGCAUCCUCAAAGAGACGGAGCUGAAGCGAGUCAAGAUCCUGGGCUCCGGCGCGUUCGGCACCGUUUACAAGGGCAUUUGGGUCCCAGAAGGCGAGACGGUGAAGAUUCCCGUUGCAAUAAAGAUUCUGAGUGAGGCAACAGGACCUAAGGCCAACGUCGAGUUCAUGGAUGAGGCCCUGAUCAUGGCCAGCAUGGAGCACCCCCACCUGGUGCGUCUGCUGGGGGUGUGUCUGAGCCCCACCAUCCAGCUGGUCACCCAGCUCAUGCCCCACGGCUGCCUGCUCGACUACGUCCACGAGCACCAGGACAACAUCGGCUCCCAGCUGCUGCUCAACUGGUGUGUCCAGAUCGCCAAGGGGAUGAUGUACCUGGAAGAGCGCAGACUGGUGCACCGGGACCUGGCAGCGCGGAACGUCCUGGUGAAAUCCCCCAACCACAUCAAGAUCACCGACUUCGGCCUGGCGCGUCUGCUGGACGUCAACGAGAAGGAGUACAACGCAGACGGAGGCAAGAUGCCCAUCAAAUGGAUGGCCCUGGAGUGUAUUCACUACAGGAAAUUCACACACCAGAGCGACGUGUGGAGCUACGGGGUGACCAUCUGGGAGCUGAUGACCUUCGGGGGGAAGCCGUACGACGGGGUCUCCACCCGGGACAUCCCAGACCUGCUGGAGAAGGGAGAACGGCUGCCUCAGCCGCCCAUCUGCACCAUCGAUGUCUACAUGGUCAUGGUCAAAUGCUGGAUGAUCGAUGCAGACAGUCGGCCAAAGUUUAAAGAGCUUGCAGCGGAGUUCUGUCGAAUGGCACGCGACCCACAGAGAUACUUGGUCAUUCAAGGCGACGACCGCAUGAAGCUGCCAAGCCCAAAUGACAGCAAGUUCUUCCAGAGCCUCCUGGAAGAGGACGAACUCGAGGACCUUAUGGACGCCGAGGAGUACCUGGUGCCCCACAACUUCAACGUGUCCUCGUUGGCCUACGCGCCCCGUACACGCAUGGACUCCAACAGGAUCCAGCUCAGUGGGAAGACAGCAUCCUCUUCUGAUUGCCAAUGAGAGACACCACAACUUCCCACCAAUUGAAUUUGGAUAUUUCUAAGAACAAAUAAGCCACCUACCAAGUAUUAAGAAACGAUUCCUGGGCUAACUGCCUUCACUCUUACACUCUUUUUUGGGACUUUAUGCCUAGAUGGAGGAUUACCCUUUUGGCCGUAUUACAUCCUAAUGUGAACAUCAUGCCAAGUGUUCAAAUGAACUCAAUUAUUGUAUGCCUACGUGACGUAAGACAUUCUCGAUACUUGGAUUAAAGCUAGCCUUAAUAGUUGUUGAAUGUCUGUGUUCGUUUCUGAGGUUUGGUGCAGAAAUUGACACAGGCAUUGGAAUCUUCUAUUUGUAUUUACUCUGAGCAGCAUACCAUCAAUACCCACAGAGAAGAUAAAGGGAUAGUCAUAUAGACUCACUAAAGAUCCUUACAGAAAACUAAAUUAAACUUCACAAGGUGAGUGUUUCAGGCCAUGCUGGCAAAUCCUCCAAUCCAUACUUUUAAGUAACAACAUGUCCAUACCUGGAAACCCCAAAGGGGUUAUUGGUAUUGGGGGUUGGAAAGUUUAGUGUACACACAGAAUACACAUACAAAACACAUUGCUGACCACCAAUGUAUGUAUAUGAGAUUACAUACUAGAUCAGUAUUUUUCAACCUGUGGUUGGGGUACUGCAGGUGGUACGUGGGAAUUUAUUCUUUAAGUAGACAAUUUACAGUAACAUAAAAAAUAAUUUAUCUUAUUGAAAUUUCCUACAUUAUAAAUAUUGUUCAUUAAAUAAAGUAUUAUGUUUUAUUUCAAAAAAUAUGUUGUUUGUGCAUUCCAUUGUAUGUCGCUUUGUUCAUUCCAUCAUGUGUUUUCCAUUGUAAUAUAUUCCGUUCAUGUUUUGUGUCCAUUUGUUUGUGCUAAAUAAACACAAAUCGGUAGAAUAAGCAGUGUUGAUGACUUUUCUUUCCAAUGUUUACCACUGCCCAUUGCCUUCUUUCAAAAAAUAAUAAUGUAUAAAGGGGGUGCUGGCACUCUUUGCUCAGUCACCUUAUGUGUAUUUAUCCAGUUUAUUUCUAAGUGCUUGAUGACCAGUUAAUGGUAGACGUAAAGUUGGGAACCACUGUACCAGAUUCAGAAAGACGUGCUUCUGACAUGUGGAACCACCAGUGAUGAAAAGUAAAGAAUACAAACAGCAUUCACUGUGAAUAAAAAAAUAGAGAAUACAGACACAGAAAGAAGACAGAGGUACCAGUGCAAAUCAGCUAUUUAACAUUUCCUUUUUUGCAAUCAUCAAAUAUUCGUAUUUUGUUUUCCAAAAUCAAAAUAUUUCCUAAAUCUAACUUCAAUGUAUACUUCUUAGAUAAUCUUUGACUUCUAAAUAUCCA